GACCACCAUGGCUGACCCAAUCAAGGACCCAACAUGGUCAAUACACAGUGCACAAGACUUUGUCAAUAAAGCCGCUUCUACAGCUGUGCAUGCUGCUUCGUGCGUCGCGUCCUCUGCAGCCUCCACCGUCACCGCUAGCGACGCAGCGACAGCAACCUCCUCUCUCGUCCAUGCCACUCUCCCAGGUGCAACCCAGGUUCAUAUCUCAGAUCCAGAAGGAUUGGACCUCACGAUCUGUCGAGUGUGUGGAACACAGUACUCCACUCCCGAGGCACGCACCACCUGCCCAAUCUGCGAAGACCCGCGGCAGUACGUGCCCCCUGCUGGUCUCUCAUGGACCACUCUGCGGCAACUACGUUUCAGUGGAGAGUACACGAACCAGAUUACGCCCAUUGCGCACAACCCGUACGCACAUUCGAUCGUCACUGUCCCCCGUUUCGGUAUUGGCCAGCGGGCGAUCCUCAUCCGCACUGGAAAGGGGAACAUCCUCUGGGACUGUGUUGCCUACCUAGACGAAGCGACCAUAACAGCCGUGAAAGAGCUAGGAGGGAUAAGCGCAAUCAUUAUAUCCCAUCCGCACUUCUACACCACCGCAGGCGUCUGGGCCUCAGUAUUCGGGUGCACAGUCUACACCUCCGCGCUCGACUCCCGCUGGCUGCAGUACAAGACCCCCUCCCACUUCCUCUUCACUGACGGGCAGGAGAUCCCCCUCGUCCGCCAGGGAGUGGUCGAUAUCGCCGUCUGCGGGGGCCACUUCCCAGGCUCGCUCGUCCUGUGCCACGACCACAGGCUCUAUACCGCCGAUACGAUCCAAGUGGUCCCCUCCGGGCUUAACCCACAUCCUCCUGCUGGUCACUCAGUGCAGAGCGGCACUGUGAGCUUCGCGUUUAUGUGGAGUUACCCGAAUAUGAUCCCCCUGGAUUGGCGUUCUAUACGGACGAUAUGGAAGGCGGUCGAGCACUUGGAGUGGAAGGACGUGCAUGGAGGGUUCACGGGAUUGGACGUCUAUGGAGAGGGGAAAAAGAGGGUGUAUGAUAGUGCUAGGAUUGUGAUCAAGCGCGUGGGUGAGAGUGAUGAUGCGCUGUAUGACUGAGCGUGUGGUCGGUUACAGUAGACUUCGGAUGUAGGUUUGGGUUGAUAGAAUCAGAUUGUAGCGAUAUGC